UUCAACCGCCCGCAAAAUGGUUUCUCUUUCACUUUGGUAACUCUUUCAGUUUGGUUCUUGAUCAUUAGAUUUCUAAAAAUCAACGUCAACAAGACAAUGCUUGGUAGAUGUGUUGUUCGAACUGCCUGCCUAGAGUCCUUGAAUGGUAACAGAGAGGGAAACUGGGAUGAGGAGGUGAUUACCCUUCUGGAUAGCAACUAUGAGGACUGGAGGGACCCAAAAGGGACUCAUAUGGUCCCCUGUGAGUUCUCGUACCGAACACGUGGACCAGAUAAUGGGGAGCAGACAGAGAAGAAGUUUUUCGACCUUUUGCAAAAUUUUGGAGGGAAUCGUUCAGAAUCUAUGUUUGUGAUUCACUCCUACAAUUUUGCGGAGAUUAUUUCUGAAUGGAAUAAGGGAUCCAACAACGAGACAAAAAAGUGGCUGACUGGAGAACACGAUUUCGUUGUUAUUCAUCGCCGGUGUGGAAUUAUAUUUUUCCAGGUGAAGGCAGCUAAGAAAACACCAGGGCAAUAUUCCAAAGCGAAGGCACAAUUACAGAAAGACAAACAGGCUCUACAGGUGUUUGUUGAUGAAAAUCUUUCAGGCAAAAUUAAAAGAGAUAUGGACUCUGAGAUAUACCGAUAUCCAGGGUUUGUCGUUAUGCCCAACUGUCCUUGUCCAAAUGGUUCAGUUGCAAAACCUGCCACCGGUGUCUUUCUGGAAGACUGUGAAGAUGUGAAUGCAUUUUCUAAGUGGUGGAAUACCAAGGUUGCUGGAGUUGGGAGGGACACUCCUUUUGAUCAAAAGUUGUUUGAGUACCUAGUCAUGCGCUUUGUUGGAAUGGCACACAGCUUUCACUGCACCCUCAGUGGAUCAAUUGAAGAUGAUGGGAAGGCUCUUGAGAUGUGCACAAAAGAGCAGUUGAGAGUUCUCCUGGAUCUAAAAUCACAGCAAUGGAUAACAGGACCUGCAGGUAGUGGGAAGACAUGGUUGCUCAUUAAAAAAGUUCUGAUGCUUGCUGAGAAUGCACUCAGGGGGAACACAGAAGAGAAAAUACUUGUUGUUUGUUACAACAGGCCUCUGUUUGUGAUGCUGUCCAAAACAUUUGCAGAUAACCUGAAUGGAAAUACACAAGGAGUAGUGAGAGUGAAGACUUUUGAGUCACUUCUCUAUGAAUUGACUAGGUCAAAACCUGGAAAUUCUGAUAAGGAGAAAGAAAAAUGUAUUUCCCAAGCUGUAGAAAGUUUGGAGAAUGAGACUCAGUUGGUCCAAAGGUAUGAUUAUAUAUUUGUUGACGAAUGCCAAGAUCUCUGUGGUGACAAGUGGCCCAUUCUUUUUGAAAAGUUGUGUAAGGGUCAUGAUGAAGUCACACCUAGAAACAUCUGGUUCUUAUAUGAUACAAAUCAGUACCUGAGACUAUCACCUCAGCACCCACUGCUGAAAAGAGCAUCACUCAGCCUCUCCACAGUUUUUAGAAACACAAAGAUGGUCUUUGACCAAUCAAAGAAGUAUUUUUCAAAUGGUCAGUCUAUCGUUUUAGGGCACCAUGUAUGUGGAUUGGAAAUUAAGUGGGAUGACUCACUGCCACUAGACCUACAUAAUGGUGCAAAAUGCAUCAAGAGGCAUGUUGAAGAGCUCAAGAGAAACAAAGUGCAUGACAAAGACAUCUGUAUUAUGACCCAAAAUGUUACAAUUCGAGAUGAUAUCAGUAGAAUGUUGAAGGUAAAUGGAAUUGAGAACCAAAAUGCAGAAGAACUAUUUGAAACAUGUGAAGAUAAAGUUGUAGUCGAGAGCAUCAGGCGCUUCAAAGGGUUGGAGUCCAAAGUGGUCAUUCUUUAUAACCCACCAUAUAGUGAAGAGGUGAUGUGGAAUGUAAAGGAACUCCUUUACACAGCAUUGUCCAGAUGCUUUUGUUAUCUCAUUAUCAUUACCACCCCAAAUGGUUGUAGUGUUUUGCAGUCACAAGAAGGGGUGAUGGAACAUACCUGGGAUGAAUUUAUGGAAAUUGAUGAUGACUAAAUAUGAGCAGAUAUGUCACAAAUUCAAGAAAAUAAUUGACAUUUUUAAAAGACAUGUUUUGCCAGUUCUUCUGUCAUCUUCAGUUAAAAUGUUUAUAAAGUACAAAGUCGAAUUUAAAAUGUAUACACAAUACCAUUUCAAAAGGAAGACUGCAAUAACUUUAUAGAAGAAGAGAAAUAAUAGGAAGAAAGGGAUUAAAGUGCAUACUUCCACAUUGAAGAUUGCUGAAAGUUGAAAAAGAAAAAUUGGAAAGUGCAACCAAUAUCAAAUGAGUCGUGAGAGCAUAUUAAAAGAGUUUCAAGAGUCUCCAGCUCCUAAGAUUUGUGAAAGGUACUGCAUGUGGAUAUCCUUAACUACCAAAGGGACAUUGUUGGACUUGUAUUUUUUUAAGCAUAUAGUAAACCUGAUGCAUAGGCAGCUCUGAUUAAGCAACAGCUGUGGGAAUAGCAUUGCAGAAGUGCAGUAACUAUUUAUCUCAGGUUAGACUAUCAAACUUUGCUGCAUCUUGAGAGAACUUAAACUUUUUUAUCCAGUGCUUUAGCAUUUAUUUGUCAAACUACAAAAACAUUUUGUAGACUGUCAGAAUUAAUCACCUUAAAUAAUUAAGUCAUUCCUAAAUAGCAAAAGAUGAAAGGAAAACUUGUGUCUUGCCACUUUCUUUAUAACUUUUAAAGCUCAACUUCAGCAAUAUCAGUACAGACCAAGAGUUUCUUAGUCUUCUGAUAAGUGCCCCUCUAUUUAGCUGGAUGCUUAGUUGAGGAAAUUGAGUAUUUACUUCACAGCAUUUUUAGAUAAAACAGAAAUUAUCUUUAAAAUUUUAGGUAUACUACCAGUAACUAUUGUUAGUAGUCAAAUUUGUAAAAAGAUGGGACUGUUUUCCAUGUAAUAAUUGUAGCGAAGUUGAAGUUUCUGAAAUGUAUGGAGGAAACGUUUUUUUAAGCAGCUUUUCAGUUUCUAGAUUAUAUCCAGAUGGAAGUGGUUUUGAUGGUAGCAUUCUGCUCAGACUUAAUUGAAAUUUAUACUUCUUGGGUGUCUAAUGGACAAUAAUUUGCCUUGACUUUGAAAGAGAUUUUUGUUUAGGUUAAGAGUUAUCCCUUAAAGGUAAAAGGUAAAAUAGACAGGAUCUUGUAAGUUUUGGGUUAAUUAUAUUCAAAGAAGAGUCAAUUUUAGGGGAUUCUGAAGAAAGUUUUCAUGUGAUGAAAUUAAAGUCUCUAAAAAGAAAUGAGUAGGAUUUUUUAAGGGUGAAAAAAAGACUUGUAUGUCUCAUAAUUGUCAUCUGUGAUGUAUUUACAAAAAUAAUUGGUUCACAGAGAGCAAAGAAUUUGUAAAGAUUUAAAAAAAAAUUAUAAAAUGGAUUUACUUUCAUUGGUAAUUGCUAUUUUUUUGCUGGUCAAGAGAAUGAUAGUACUUGCAAUUUAUUCAGCUCCAAUUUUUUACAGUAAUUUACCUUUCACACAUUAAGUGAUGGUGAAUUUGUUCUUUUACAUUAAGUCUUACCUAAAAACUUGCAAACUUGGGCACAUUUGAAAUUUGAACUGCAUAACUUGAACAUAUGAAACCAGUUAUUCUCUCUGAUGAAAUUUAUCAGCUAGAAGAGCGGAAUAGAAAUGAAGCCUUGCUAUUUGGCUUAUGAUGUUACUUUGGAUGCAAGUAGCAUUGUCAGUAUGUGCAUGGCAUCAGAAACUACAAAGCAAGACAAAAUGAACUAUACUUCAUUAAUAUUCUAUUCUUUUUAUCAUUUGCUUGACUAUUAUAUUAACCAUUGUGAAGAAAAUUUAUUUUCUGACCACUCAGUUGAGUCAAAGAGUUGAGUUAGACUUAGGAUAUUAGUAACAAGGGUAGCCUGCGUAGCAGCGCUUUGCUAUAACAAGGGUUACUUUAAUUCUGUUUCACAUUCCUGACAGUAUAAUUAUGAUUCAAUCUUGGUUUCUUGAAACUACCAAUUAACUAGCAUAUGAAAGACUUAACCCUUUCACUCCCAAGAUCUCAGUAAUUCUCCUCAGUGUCUGCCAUACAAUUCCUUUGAUGUUAGUUUGGAGAAUUUGGUAUUUGAUCAACCGAUUGUCCAUUUUCUGUAUUCUAAUUUGUCUGCUUGAUAUUAUAUUUAUAAUGUUAUGAGAAGUUCUGUCUUGGUCACUCGUGGGAGUAGGGUUAAAAACUGAAGAAUGCAAUUAAGAAGCAAUGACUUUUUAUCCCUAACUCCUUGGAUAAAUCAGUAAUUAACUUCUCCUUAGAGUAGUAGCUAGAUUACAAAAUUUGUGAUGGACUCAGGGAAUCCAUUGUGAUUCCCAGGAAAAAUGAAAGGAGGAAUAAAAUUAGAAUGGCUCUGGGGAAGGCUGAUGUUCUACAGUAUUCCUCAUGUUUGUACAUGAUAGAAUAGCUGCAAAAAUACCAAGUAGACAUUGCUAAUCAAAGCUGUUAUUUACUUUUACUCUUA